CAACAUCAAUUUACCACACUUUCAGUAUUGUACCUAAGGUAAGUAGCCGCGUCAACCCCGCUCACGUUGGCUAGACAGCAAAGUGCAUGCAUCCCACCACAUUCCGUUAUACCAUUAUCACCAACGUUACCAUACCUUCCGCAAACGCCGUCACAGCAACAAGCAUCAUUAGCACCAUCAGCACCAUCAACUAGUUAUCCCCGAGCGCCACAUGGAUGGACUUCGACGGCGAAGGCAACGUAGUCGGUAUUUCGAGCCGCUACAACCACUUCCUCCAAAACGUCGCCAUAGGCAGAAGCGGCAGCGCUAGAUAUCAAGGGGAGACGGCGCCCAUGAAGGGUAGCCCAUUAUUCGACGAAUGGGCUAGACAUGAGAACUUUAGGUCCGGAGACGAGGUCUUUGUGAGCUUCACCAAGGUUUCUCGCCGACGUGUUAAAAGACAGAGGCGCCGCGUCGCCCAGAGAUAUGGAUCCGGCGCACUCCCCGCUCUCCAACGGCUGCCUUACCGCUUCUGCCCCCCAACAACAAUCACAGCAACAACAGCAGCGACGGUAGCAGUAUCUACACACAGCCACCGCCCCAGCCUCUCGCUCAGCCCCUCACCCUCUAACAGCAUCUGCUACAACAGCAGCAACAACAAUAAACUUGGGAUCUAUUCAAGCAGUUUCUCCAGUUCCACCAAUGGCUGGCGGGCGUCCGGGAUGAGCAGUUCUUAAUCAUUCCCUAAAUAAUGACAUAUAAGUUUAACGAUCU